UAAUUUUUUUUUUUUUUUUUUUUUUUUUUGUCGGGAGUCCGAAUAAAUGGUACCGGUCGUGGCGGGCUUCAAUUCUCAGCGAUGAACGAUCCGGCCAUUUUCACUAACAACCAUUUCGUCUUCUUGCUCUGGUUCGUUCCCCUGUUUUUCUCACUCUCAAGCUUUCUUCACUGACCAUUACAGAUUACUACUCUGAACCCUGCAUCCAUGAUGAUGAAGGGAUUGCAGAUUUGGUUGUUUUCUUUAGCUGCAAGCAAAUUCAGUUUCUCUCAGUGUGUGGCUUGAUGCAUCUGUUCCAAUUAUUAACAAAGCUAUAUGGUACCCGGAAGGUAUUCUAAAAUGAAGCCACAAGCAGUUUAUGAUAUUGAACUCGUCAGUUCUACGCAGAGCAUAAAACAUGAAUUUUGGCCUCUAGAUGCAAUCGAUCCGGACCAAGCGAAGUUCCCAUGCUGUUUGGUUUGGACUCCUCUUCCAGUUGUCUCUUGGUUGGCACCUUUCAUUGGCCAUGUUGGGAUUUGCAGGGAGGAUGGAGCUACUCUAGAUUUCGCAGGAUCAAAUUUUGUGAAUACCAAUGAUUUUGCAUUUGGUUCUGUUGCGAGGUACCAUCAACUCGACCGAGAAAAAUGUUGCUUCCCGACAAGCUUAGCUGCGCAUAAAUGUAACCAGGGCUACAAGCAUUCACAAUAUGGAACUGCCAUUACCUGGGACGAUGGCCUACAAUCAAGUACACGGUAUUUCGAGCAUAAAUCGUACAACCUUUUUACAUGCAACUCCCACUCUUUUGUUGCCAAUUGUCUGAACCGUCUUUGUUAUAAUGGAUCGAUGAGUUGGAACAUGAUAAAUGUAGCAGCUCUAAUUCUGUUCAAGGGACAUUGGGUUAAUGGCAUGUCAAUUGUAAGAUCAUUCCUUCCCUUUAUUCUGGUGGGCUGCCUGGGCAUUGCCAUGGUUGGAUGGCCCUUCUUGAUUGGACUGCCAUCUCUUUUUCUCCUUUUGGUUGGUUGGUUUGUUAUGGGUACUUAUUGUAUAAAAAGCCUGUUGGAAUUCUAGAUUUGGUUGAACAUUUGUAGUUGAGAAUCACCGAGUGAUGGUUCUCCAUCCAUUGAGAGAGAAUGUUUGCUCAUAUUUGUUGAACUUUGAACUUAUAGCAACAUAGAGUUUUAUAUAACGUGUAGAAACAUACUAUUUUGGUUCAUUUGAAAGCUUCAGCAUUGUAUUUGUUUAAAUAUUAAGAUCUGUUUUUUGAAUUUAAAAUUUUAUAAUGCUUGGUUUUAUUAUAAUGUUCUCUUUUGAUUAUAAUGUACUAUUUUGGUUCAUGUGUGUCCAUUGUUAUUUGAUGACUCCUCAGACCGAUUGCACAUCCCAAUCUCAAAUAGAAAAUUCCAAAUUUAAAAUCCUUUAUCCAAAAUGGACCGAAUCCAUACUAGGUUCGGUCAAAUCCUUUAUCCGAAAUGGACCGAAUCCAAACUAGGUUCGGUCAACUCCCUGUUAUCAAACAUGGCCACAAUCGAGCUCUAAUCGACCCAGACUGUUUACUUGUUCAUCUCUUUCCUGCUUUGUUUGCGAUCUCGAUCAUGCAAUGUUCAGGAUUCAUGAAAUCCCUUUUGGUUUUUGCUGUUAAAGACGCCGGGUAUGCUUUUAUUUUCAGUUCUUCUAAUCAGCCUAUUUAAGUCUCUUGGAGUAUUGUUUAUUAACAGAUGAUUUUUAAAUUCCAUUUUUCAGGUGGUUACAUGAAAUCUAGCGCUGAAGUGAUUGCUGAUUUAAUCGAAAAUCUCUGGAAGCAAAGAUUUGAUCAAAUACAGAAAGCUUUCCAGGCAGAAUGAAGUCACCAAGUGAGCUACUUUGUUUUCCUGUUAUAUUAAAUCAGUAGCAUGAGCCAUUUGGCACGACUUUUCUGUAAUAACUUUGUCUUCUAUGAAUAUGAACAAAGUUGGAGCGGAAUUGUGUAAAAAACUUAAGCCAUGAAACAGAUGCAUUAUUGUGGCUUA